UAGCUUAUAAUGCUUUCUCGUGAACCUUUAUCCACCCCUAAAUAUUAUUUAUAUGUAACCAUUAUCAUGUCAAUGUAUGAAAUCUGUGAACCCAAAAAUCUUCCCCAAAAAAAUGUCUACCUUUACUUUGUAUGAUAAUGUAUGGUCAGAAGCAAUGGAAGCAAAGCUAAUGGAAUUAAUCGUUUCCGAAAGCGAUUCAAAGGGUAACCCAAAAGGACUUCCUAAGUCAUGUGACUUCCUUGUAAAAGUGCAAGAAACGCUUAAUGCACAAUUCAACAUGAAAGAAGGUGUAUAUUUCUAUAUUUCGAAAAUCGAUUAUCUUCAAACCAGGUAUCAAGCUUGGGUGUCUCUUUUGCACGAACAGGGAGUCUUUUGGGAUGACCUUAGCAACACAGUGAGGGCCUCCGAUGAGACUUGGCGGAGAAUUCAGGAGACCAAUUCUACACAAAUGCUUUAUAGGGAGCGAGGGGAGCCACAUUAUGUUGCACUGGCCAAAUUGUUUCACGAAGAAGUCUUCAAAUAUCUGGAUUAUGACGAGAGUGAACCUGAGUUCGAAUCCAAUUCAGACUAAUUGGAGCAUGUGUGUGAAGGGACAAUGUUGUCGUGCUUUAAUCCAACAUAUUUAUCUUUGUUUCAUGUGUUGUUGUAAUGUAGUUACUUUUCAAAAGUUGGAUUUACUUUGAGUAGCUUUAGGAACGUCGGUCGAGUCGGUCCAAUAGUGUGGAGAUCCACUUUUUCCAAUUUGUAAUGAUCUCCUGUCAAGAUUUAUGAAAUAUUCCAAAAAAAUGAGCCUCUUUUACAGUUUUCUAUUACCAAUGAUGGCAGACAUUGAAACAUAAGAUUCUUUAUUGUA